UUGUGGUUAGCACAUUUACCAGAGAACUACUGAUCAGGACAAAAGAAGCAAGUAUCCUUUAUCUUUAUUAAGGCCACAACUGUUAUACCGGCACACUAUGUAUAGACCCGUCAUAGUUUCACGCAGAUCCUUGCCACUAUGGAUGAUCGCACUCAUUGUGAUUGGAGUUUUGGCAAUCCUGGGAAUAACUAUUGGUCUCCUGGUUCAUUUUCUCGCAAUAGAAAAUAGGAUCUACUAUUACCGAGGUAGCUUUAAGGUUUUGGAUAUACCAUAUAAUAAAAAUUAUGAAAAGGAGACAUCACCAGAAAACAACUAUCUUAGUAAAAUUCUUGAGACUGAGAUGUCUAAUGCCUUUGAAAGUUCAAAUAUUUACAGACAAUACAUUAAUUCUCAAGUCAUCACAUUGGUUCCUGAAAACAACAAUGUCAAUGCACAUAUAUGGCUGAUGUUCAGAGCUCCAAGAGCAAUGAAAGCAAACACAAAAGGAAGAAUUGAAAGUAUUUUACGUCAGAUGCUGAGAAAAAACUCUGGCCCCGUGAGGACCGACCCCGAGUCUCUUACACUCACGGAAAUCAGUAAGGCUGAUGCUGAAAAGAUUAUCAACAACCGUUGUGGGAGACGAGCAAGAAUGUCAGCUACAUAUGAUAGAGUCAAGGGGGGUUCCAGCUCUCAGGAAGGAGAAUGGCCAUGGCAAGCAAGUCUCAAAAGAAAUGGCAAGCACUACUGCGGGGCCUCUUUGAUCAGUGAAAGAUACCUGGUGACUGCAGCUCACUGCUUUAAAGGGACAAAUAAUCCAAAAAACUAUACAGUCAGUUUUGGCACUAGAGUAAGUCCCCCCUACAUGCUACAUCAUGUUCAACGAAUUAUUGUUCAUGAAAACUAUAUCCUUGGACAACAUCGUAAUGAUAUUGCAAUUAUAAUGCUCACGGAGAAGGUUUCCUUUAAGAAUGAUGUGCAUCGAAUUUGUCUUCCUGAAGCCACACAGAUAUUCCCACCAGGGGAGGGAGUUGUUGUUACAGGAUGGGGAGCACUUUCCUAUGAAGGUGAAUACCCAGUGUUGCUUCAGAAAGCACCUGUGAAGAUUAUUGACACAGCGAUUUGUAAUGCUGAAGAAGCUUACGGUGGAAUGGUAGAAGAUGAAAUGCUGUGUGCUGGGUACAUAGAGGGAAAUAUUGAUGCCUGUCAUGGUGACUCCGGAGGACCAUUAGUUCAUCCCAAUUCUCGAAAUAUUUGGUACCUUGUCGGAAUAGUGAGCUGGGGCGUAGAAUGUGGUAAAGUCAAUAAGCCAGGAGUUUAUGUGCGAGUGACCUCCUAUCGAAGCUGGAUUGCCUCCAAGACCGGUAUUUAAGAGAAAAGUAUCUUAUUACAGCCAUGUCAGGUCAUUUUUCACAUUACUACUAAGCUUUAUUUAACACUUUCCUUUAUGAAUAUAAUGAUUAUUUUGAAAGAGUGGUGAUCCUGGAUAAAUAUUCAUGGGGCUUCAUUUUAGGCAAACUGUAAGAUAAAACAAGAAAUCUCAUUUUUUGCUGAGAAAGACCCAAGCAAAGAAUGUGCACCUAUUAAAAAUUGGACUACUGCUAUUAGUUUCCUCUCGAAUGUACUCAUAUCAUGGUUAUCUCAUUAUUGUAUAGUUGGUUUUAUCAUCCAUAUUUUCUGUAAUUAUGAAGGUUUGUCCUUGUCAAUGGCAAAUUAACAGGUGGAACCUUGAAAGAUUGAGAUUGAUGCCUUCUGAGAGUUUCAUUGGAACAUAUUUUUCCUGCCUUGCGCCAUAGUAUUUUUGUGGAAUAGGUGUGGUUGUGAACUAAACAUGUUUAGAAUUUGGAGACUGAAUUAUGUCUCUUAUAUGUACUGGGAUCUUCUGCAACUAUUGCAACUAUUAUGAAGAAUUUUGCAAGCACCAAAAUUUGGCAAAACAACGCAUUUUUACAUUUACAGAGACCAAGUGCACUAAUUUUACA